GCGCCUUAGAAAUUUAGGCCAAAAGUAUAUAUCUCUUAAAGGAAAAACUGUUAAAUCUAGGAGUAUGAGGUUGAGAUGCAAGGGAGACACUUGUAAAAAACUAGGACGCCUUUGCUCAACAAUAGAAGAUUCUCAAAGAUGUCAGAUAUUUAAUAGUUACUAUGCAGUAGGAGACAUUAAUCGUCAACGCGAAUUUAUUAUAUAUCACACUGACGUCAGGGAUACCAAGCAAAAGACAUCAAAAAGUGAAGUGUCACGAAGACAAAACACAGUUCGUUAUUUUUUUACAAUAAACAAUGUCCGCAUUCCAGUCUGCAAAACUUUCUUUAUAAACACGUUGGAUAUUUCCGACCGCGUAGUGAGGACUGCAUUGGAAAAGACAAGUACUCUUGGUUUGGUAGAUUUAGACAAAAGAGGAGGGCGAAAAUCUGAGGCCAUUAUGGCAAGAGACAUACAAAUUCGCUAUGAUAUAGAAAAACAUAUUGACAGAUUCCCCAGAAUGGAGUCCCAUUAUUGUAGGGCCAGUUCAAGUAGAGAAUAUUUGCACCCAGAUCUUUCAGUUUCGAAAAUGUACUUUUUACAUUUCCAGUCAUUGCCCGAAAAUUGUCCUAAACCAAGUUUGUCUACUUACCAGAGAGUAUUCAAGUCGAAGAACCUAUCGUUUCACAAUCCCAAAAAAGAUCAGUGCUCGUUAUGUGUUAUGUAUAAGACAGGUGAUUCCAGUGUGAAGGCAAAAUUAGAAGAAAAAUUUAAUAAACACACUGCAGAGAAAAAUGCUGCUAGACAGCUGAAAGAGAAAGCCGACGAAGAUAAUAAAUUAAUAUGUGCUUCGUUUGAUCUGCAGCAGGUAAUUUACCUACCGUGUAGUACUUUUUAUGACAUAUCCAACAAGGACUGCUUUUGCUACACUUGGAGUGAGGCCGAAAGUAAAAGAGGUUCUUCAGAGAUUGCUACCUGCGUCUACAAUGCCUUGCAAUUUUAUGACUCAAAAGGAAUAAAAGUGGCGUCGUUAUAUUCAGAUGGUUGUAGCGGCCAGAAUAAAAACAAUAUAAUGGCCACAAUGUUGUUAUACACAGUUUUACAUAGUACAAACCUCGAUGAAAUUUCAUUAAAAUUCUUCGAAACCUCCCAUGGACAGAAUGAAGGAGAUUCUGUCCAUAGUUGUAUUUCUUACGCAAUUAAGCAUUCUGGCAAUCUCUUCAUUCCAUCCCAGCUGUAUCCAGUAUUUAAACUAGCCAGAAGAAAACAUCCAUAUAACGUUUGCCUCUUACAAUACAACGACUUCUUGGAUUUCAAGACACUGGCGAAAGAGUUGAGAGUUCUUACAGUGAGGAAAACUGAAACUGGAGAUCCAGUGAAAUGGACUGAAAUUAUGGAGUUGAAAGUUUUAAAAAAUCACCCACAACAGAUUUUCUUCAAGACUAGCCAUCUCUCGAAUGAUUUCAAGGUUUUAUCUUUGAAACGUCUUGGCACAUCUGAACUCAGAAAAGUUGUUCCAAAUCGUUUGAAUACCCAACCGAAUAAAAUGUCUGAAGAAAAGUAUUCAGAUUUACAGUCUAUGUGUGUGGGAGAAACUCCUGUCAUCCGUCUCGAAGAACAUAAAAAGUUUUAUCGAUCACUACCACAUUAA